AUGUUGGUUGGCAUGGGCAAAUCAAACCGUUCCCUCGAGCUUGAUGCACUCGGCAAAAGUUUGAUCCCUGUAACAGUUGCCCACUCUCGCAACAAGCUUGUUAUACCGCAUCCGAAAGCAGAGAAACUAUUUAGAGGUAAAGAUACUUCAAUCCCAAGAUUGUUACAAGCUAUGAAGAAGGGAGUCUCAAGGGGUAGAAGACUCCUUCAAGAACACUGUAACUUUAAAGGAGAGGCUUUCCAAACAUCUUCUGACGGAGCAGAGAGUGACGAAGCGGAAACAGAUGAUGAAGAAGAGGAAGUGGAGGAUAUUGACUCAUCAGAGGAAUGGGCGAAAAUAGUAACUGUGUAUGGUGAUUCUCUGCAUCAUGAUACGGCUGUUGAGGAAAACGGAAACAGAGAUCGUGAAGGUGAGAAGAAAGGCUUUAUUCCUCUCGUACCGGUUGCGGUCAGGGUUGGGGUCAUCAUGAGGAUGGAGUUGGUGGAUAACAAGACGGACUUGUUAUUUACCGGAUCAGGACCUGCUCCAACUGGUAUCCCAGGAUUGGACUAUUUUAUUGGAGCUCUUUUAGUCGUCUUCUCACUUGUCAUCAUCUCAGGAAAUGCCCUAGUCAUCCAAGUUAUACGUUAUCAGACAAGAAAGAGUGUUUGUGACUUUAUAUUCGCGCAGAUAAGCUUCGUUCACAUUUUUGGUGGUUUCUCUUCUUUUAUUUCUGCCUUCAUUCUUCUGUCGGGACGGACCAUGUUUGACUACAGACAAGUAGAUAACAUAGUGUGUUGGCUAGGUGGGGUGGUGUGGCAUCUUGUGGUCCUAUUAACUCCAAUGUUCCUCUGUCUUGUCGUUACUGGCAGGUUCAUCAUUCACUUCGCUCCUCUAAGGUACGAAAGUAUCGUCAACAUGACAUACGUUGUCUCUGGUUCCAGUCUCUCCUGGGCGUGGAGUUCUGCUGUCCUAGCUCCCUUUAUCGUUAGAGGAUUUAAUAUUGGUGUUGAAGAAAGCUGGGCAUAUCCACAUUUCAAGAUUCCUCCGAGCGGUGUUGAAAGAUAUUUGAUGAUAGGCUGUUUUGCUGGACCACUCCUUUUGUUGGAACUUAUUCUCAUUAUCCUGAUCCUCUCUAUACUGGUCGACUUUAAGGUCUUCACCAAGAAAAAGAAGAAACAGCCUAAGAGUUUCAUACAGGCGGGGCUCAGGAAGAUGCUGGCUCAGACCAUGGUACCUUUACCUACCGUAUUUGAGGGAUCGGAGCAGGAGCCAGUACAGAGUGCCGGACUGAACCAGGCUUCUUUCUUUACCACUAACACUGCCACACGCUCGCAGACUUCUUAUCACGACCUCGAACAUAACAAGGAGAUUUUCAGAUGGAUGGAGGACAGUGCCCGGGUGAUAGCCACCAGUACCCACAACAUAUUCCAAUCUCGCUCCGACUCCUGCCUUUCCUGGUCUGCUGUUAGCACCCCCGUGUCUAUACGAGCCGGCCAGUCUGCCCAGAAGCUGCACUGCGGCAGUUUUCAGUCAUCCACCCACUCGCUCAGUCACAUACGGUCAGAGAUAAGGUCUGUGUUUGAUAGCAUGGUAUCGAGGAUAUCCAGCCCAGGUCGGGUAACAACAGAGCUGGGAGGUACCGGAGCGAGGAGCAGGAACAAGGAGCAGCAAACCAAGAUAGUAGCUCUACAUCUCUCCUAUAGUUUCCUUCUUACACACUUCAUGGUUAGCGUCUACACGGUCUCCUGCCUGACGGAUCCUCAGCUGGGUCCCUUCGACCAGUCCAGGAGAGACGGAUCCCAGCUCCAGGUGUAUCUAAAGGGGUGUUAUUAUGCUGCUGUUUUUAUUAACUCUGGCAUGACGCCAGUCGUUUAUUGGACCUUCCAUCAAAAGUACCGGCAGAGGGUCUCGUUUUAUUUUUACAGGUUGAAAAUUAUUCUUGUUAAAAUCAGGAACAGACUCUGCAGUUGCUGUUGAUUUGUUUGAGGUGAUAGUUACAAUUAAAUUGUUAGCAAUAUUGACAGUAUGAUGAUCAAUCUUAGUGUUUGGAGGGCAUAAGUAUAACACGUGAAGCCCCAUACUCAAGUUAAGUAUGAACAUGUCACCUAGCUGACAUACUUUAUAUAUAAUAUAUGCGUGUAAAAUCUCGAUAUCUUAUCUUGAAAAGCUGUGUUUUUAUAACCUGUUAAAAUCAAAAAGUGGGAAUUUUCCUUUUCGGGCUUGUUUUGACAAAAACACCCUCCAGGGUAUCCGUAUAUCGGAUUGUUUUAAUACUUGACACGAAAUUGUUCUCAGAAUUUUAGCGCAGUUUUUGAUGCCCUAAAAAAUGUACUCAGCCAACUGAAAAGUUAAUUUUUUGAACCUCAAAAAGAUUCCUAGCUCAAAAUACCACAUAUGUCGGUAUUUUUUCACUUUCUCAUUCUGCGAAGCCAAAUAUCCAACUUUUAACCAUAACUUUAAAAGGAAGUAUUUUAAGGUAUAUGUUUCAGUUUCUUCGUAACUCAUAUAUAAAUAUGCAAGUUGACGUUGUUUUACAUUUAUCCAGACGUCAUUAGCACAUUCCUUAUAGAAAAUUCUGCCGAGAUAUAUGCUAAUAUUUGUUUUGCGACUUUCAGGUCCAAAAAUCUACUUUCCAGUUGACUGAGCACAUUUCACAAAACUGCACCAGAAUUUUGCGAACAAUUUCAUGUCAAGUAUCAAAACAAUUUGAUAUUCCCUGGCGGACUUCUCGGUCAAAAGAGCCUGAAAAGGAAAAUUAUUAUUUUUUGACUUUAAAAUUACACAGCCUUUUUAGAUACAAUAUCUAGUUUAUGGAUUGGAUUUUUGCAUGGAGUUUGGAGUGAAUUUAUCUGAAUAAUACAAAUAAAUAAACAAAUGGUUGAUUGGGGAGUUGUACCCGAAGACAAAACUC